AUGCAAGUAUCAGCUUCCACGCCGAACUACACAAGUUCUCCGCCGCAUUUUCCAAUCUUUGGCAGAGCGGCCGGAGUCUGUCACCAAUGCAGAAGAUCAAAAGCCCGCUGCGACAAGCAUCUUCCUGCCUGUACUCGAUGUGCAUCGAAGCAGAUGCGAUGCGUUUAUGGACGCCAAAUGUCCACUAACAACUCCGCCGGCGGAGUUUGCACUGAUGACGGAGACGGCGUCUUGCCACCUACAGAUCAUCAGACGGUGUGUAUUUUUGAUGUUUCUUUUGAAACGUGCUACAAGCUCGUUGGUAUGAUAUCGGUUGCCCUACUGAGUAACGUCGAUGAUGCUGAGCAGGAGGCUUCAAUCCUUCAUAUGGCGCUUGGAUCAAUCCGCUUGACUACUACAUCCAUUGCUCAAACAUACAAGAAAACAGUCCAUAGCUGGUUUCCGAUUAUGACAGAUGAUCAAAUUGCCUUAUUUACUACAGAUUCAAUUUUAGGAAAUUGUCAUGGUAGAGACGGCGUGUUGCUUUUAUGCAUGGCUCUAGUGUCACAGCCGCCCUGCAAGCACCCAGCUCAUGAUACCUGCUGCAAUUUAUAUAAGGCAACAAAGCAGUCCUUUCUGCUCUUGCAAACGUCUUCGAGGCCUUGUAUACAAGUUCUCCAGAUUGGCCUUUUACUCUCGUUAUUUGAAUACGGCCAUGGUCACGAUCAAGAGUCCAAAAUCACAAUUGCUGCUUGUAUGACCGUUUGUAGAUUGCACAGGCUCUCAUUAGCUCUUGGAAGCGAUGAUGACAAGGAGCCAAAUAUAGCCAUUAUAUGCCGGAGAGCAGUUGCUAUUAUGGACUGUCUUAUAGAGCUUCCAAAAGCAUCGAUAGACAUCCAAAUGUCGACAAAUAUACAAGUGCCGACAGAUGAUAUUUCUCUUUUAUCGACUGAGCCUGCCUGGCCAUACGAACAAAUGUUAGGCGAGAACGACGGCUCAUUUUCGAAUUUUGAGAUGCUUUUCCACGUCGCAAAAGUUGUUCGAGAGGCAAUACAGUAUAUAAAACUCGAAGAGAUGGUAAGGUCUUCAACAGGCUCAUAUGCAGCCGUUGAGUCACGGCUUCGAAAUAUUUGCUUUGCUCUCAUUCAAGCUGCUGGGCCAAAUUCUCUUGUGUUUUGCGAUAGCAUUGCCUUGGCACUGAGGUAUGAUUUCGCGAUACCAUUUCUAGAGCAAUUGAAUGGAGCUAAACCAACAUAUUUAGCUUUCUAUUCGAGCUCAGCGUAUAUAACUCUAGGCAAACGCAAACGGCUGUUGGUACAGCAGAUAGACUCGCCAUGGAGUCCUCGCGACGAAUGGCAGUCGAUAUCUGCAAGUCUAUGA